AGCGGGCGGGCGCGGCUCGGACAGGAGCGGUCCGCCAGGCGGCCGGCGAGGGACGGGCCGCGAGGACGCCGGGCAAGGACGGAGGGCUGGACCUUGUCCCCUGGGCCCGGGAGCGGGCGCCUGCGACGCCCUCUGACCCCGGCCCGGUUCGGCGGGUUCGGACUUCCACACUGAUUAAUCAAGAGUGAAAAAUCUGAAGAGAUGCAAGCAAGAAGAAGAAAUUAAACUAGGCCUGAGGAGCGAUGCGACAGGCAUGAUGGAGGUCGAGUCCUCCUACUCGGACUUCAUCUCCUGCGACCGAACGGGCCGUCGGAAUGCAGUCCCUGACAUCCAGGGUGACUCAGAGGCUGUGAGCGUGCGGAAACUAGCUGGAGACAUGGGCGAGCUGGCACUUGAGGGGGCAGAAGGACAGGCAGAGGGAAGUACCCCAGACAAGGAGGCCAGCAGCCAGCCUGAGAGCAGUGAUGCUAACGCCUCGUCUUGAAGAGAGACCUGCUGUCCCCCCGGAACU